GAUACUUCUUCUUCUUGUUGUCUUGUUAAGGUAGUGUGUUUUGUUGUUUCUCUAUUUUACAGUGCUUAACUUCUUUUUACACUUAUAUGACCAGUAAGUCAGUCAUAAUUAAAAUUGAGACUUGAGCAUUUCAUGUUUCAGUGGUAAGUUUGACACUUUUCUGACAAAAAAAAAAGUCUCUCCAGUAAAUGGUGAUGACAGUUUGACACUGGAACAGAUUAUUUAUAUUACUUCCAAUUGGGAAAUAGUUUAUGUGUGUUAUUUUUCAUAUCCCUGAUGCUGUGUUUGUCUUGCUGCUGAAGAUGAUUCGAUGCAAUAGGCGCAGGCUGAACUGAUAUGUGAUUUCAUUUAAAGGGAUUUUCUUUUGCAAAAAAAAUAAAAAAAAAAACAAUAAUGUCCUACUUAGAGAGACACAACCCAACCUGCUGUUCCCAGCUGGUGCUGCUCCAAUUUACAUUCACCUCCCUUUCCAUCCUUUUUUCCCCUUCAUCUCUUUUUGCUCCUCCUCUUUGAGUCAGUGCAGAAGACUCCCCUCCUCCUCCUCCUCCUCAGGUUUGUGAACCUCGUCCUCCCUGCGUCAGACAGCUCCAUUCAUGAAAAGUGUGACGUGAGCAUGUCGGUGACGCUGCAACCCACCCACGCACAGUCGGGGUGCUGCCUGAGCUACUGGGAUGCUUGUCAUUCUCCAACCUCUGACUCGCCCUCUUCCUGCUUUUUCUCCUGAUUUUCUUCUCCCUAACCAGUACUUUAUUUAUCAUCUUCCCUUUUUUUUUUUACCUCUUCUGCAUCAGAGCCGAAGAAGCAUGAACGUGAGCUUUGUCCAACGUAAUUCAACUCGCGUCAAAUCUGUGUGUUAGGACCACUCUUCAUCAGGAGUACGCAGCCCAUGUUCAUGCAUGACACCAUGGGUAGCUCCCCCGAAGUGCUCUCAUGGACUUCCUGCCCCAGCAUGCUGGUGGGCAAGCUAAAAGAGGAGCUCAAACUCAGCGUGGUCGGGGAUUCCAUGAAGAAAUCGAACACGCCUAACUCUCAAACGCAGCCUCCUCCACCCCCUGGUUCUAUACUACCCCCUCAGAUAAUCACGGACUUGGCCCCGCCGACGCAUCUGCCGGUGCCUCUUAAGACGCUGCAGCUACCCAACCAGGACGAGGACUCGGUGCUCGGGGGUGUAAGUCCCACAAACAUGGCCUUGAGCGUCGACUCCAUGCGGAGCGAGGGUGGCCACUUCGACAACAGCGUGCUCCAGCUGCAGGAGCAGGACAACGAGGAAGCGGUCUCGCCGGCUUCCUGCGAGCACGGAGGCUGCGGGAGCGGAAUGGAAGACCACGCAGGAGAUGGGGACUGUCAUUUGGACCACAACGGCGAGGGAAGACAAAGUCACCAGCAUCAUCCCGAUGACAUUAAACUGCACUUCCACAGAGCGGGGCCGGGGUCGGGGGGCUUCCUGGAGGGACUCUUCGGCUGUCUCCGGCCAGUCUGGAACAUCAUAGGAAAGACGUAUUCCACAGAAUACAAACUACAACAACAAGAUAUGUGGGAGGUUCCGUUUGAGGAAAUCUCCGAGUUGCAGUGGCUCGGCAGCGGCGCUCAGGGAGCCGUCUUCCUCGGCAAAUUCCGCUCUGAAGAAGUCGCCAUCAAGAAGGUGCGAGAACAGAAGGAGACGGACAUCAAACACCUACGGAAACUCAAGCAUCCCAACAUCAUCAGCUUUAAGGGUGUGUGUACUCAGGCGCCGUGUUACUGCAUUAUUAUGGAGUACUGCGCUCAAGGCCAGCUCUAUGAGGUGUUGAGAGCAGGACGCAAGGUGACCCCCAGGCUGCUGGUGGACUGGGCUUCCGGCAUCGCCAGCGGCAUGAACUACCUGCACCUUCAUAAGAUCAUCCACAGGGAUCUCAAGUCUCCCAAUGUUUUGGUGACCCACAACGACUCUGUGAAAAUCUCCGACUUUGGAACAUCCAAAGAGCUCAGCGACAAAAGUACAAAGAUGUCCUUUGCUGGUACGGUGGCUUGGAUGGCACCAGAAGUGAUCAGGAAUGAACCCGUGUCUGAGAAAGUGGACAUCUGGUCGUUUGGAGUUGUGUUGUGGGAACUGCUGACUGGAGAGAUCCCGUACAAAGAUGUAGACUCCUCUGCUAUCAUCUGGGGUGUCGGAAGCAACAGUCUUCACCUCCCUGUCCCGUCCACCUGCCCGGAUGGCUUUAAAAUCCUCAUGAAACAAACAUGGCAAGGCAAACCCCGGAAUAGACCAUCUUUCCGCCAGAUCCUCCUGCACCUCGACAUUGCCUCGGCUGACGUUCUGGGAGCUCCUCAGGAGACGUACUUCAAGUCUCAGGCUGAAUGGAGGGAGGAAGUGAAGAAACAUUUUGAGAAGAUCAAAAGUGAAGGCACGUGCAUUCACAGGCUGGAUGAAGAGCUGAUCAGACGGAGGCGGGAUGAACUCCGGCAUGCACUGGACAUCCGGGAACAUUAUGAGAGGAAACUGGAGAGAGCCAACAACCUUUACAUGGAGCUCAGUGCCAUCAUGCUGCAGCUGGAGGUGCGAGAGAAAGAACUCAUGAAGAGAGAGCAAGCAGUGGAGAAGAAAUACCCCGGGACCUACAAGCGGCACCUGGUCAGGCCCAUCGUUCGGUCAAAUGCUGUGGAAAAGCUGAUCAAAAAGAAAGGAAAUAUUUCUCACAAACCCGGGUUGCCGCCUGCCAAAAGGCCUGACUUGCUUCGUUCCGAUGGGAUCCCGAGUGUGGACGCCCUCCCGUCCCCGUCACCACUUUCCGCCAGCCCAAAAGUUUCCACGCCUCCCGGCAAGUCCCGCUACCGAAGCAAGCCCCGCCAUCGCCGCGCCAACAGCAAAGGAAGCCAUAGCGAGUUCCUCGGGGUCCUGAAACCUGCUGCAGCGGUGCCAGAAGAUGCUCAGUCACUCCAGGAGCCGCUUCAUCACCACCAUCAUCUUCCGCUGCCACCCGCGGCGGCACCCCAGCUCCCGUUGAAGGGCCGCGAAGAAGCCGUUGUGAACUGUGCCAAUAACUUACGGUACUUUGGCCCCGCUGCUGCUCUCCGCAGCCCCCAGACCGAUCACCUGCAGCGCCGUGUUUCCGGUUCCAGCCCCGACCUCAUCUCCACGGCCGUGGAUGCAGACACACGUCAACGCACCUCGUCCAUUAGCUCCAAUCCCGUAUUAGGUACUGGUGCCGGGUCCGUGUGUCCCUGCUGCCAGGCUCACCCCUUCCCGGGAUGCCUUCACUGUCAGGAGACCCCGCCCGUAUCCAGUCAACCAGAGCUGCUCCAUCCUCAAGAAGGUACACAGUCGUGUUUGGGGGCUCCCGGCAAAGAUCCAGGUUCUGAUGAAGACGUCUCCAACAAAGCCGAGGCUCAGAAACAGGAAGCCUUCCAGAAUACGCACACCCUUCCCACCGCACUUCCACGCACACUCAGACCUCUGAGGAAGGGUGGAGAUGAGUCAUCUGAAGAGGAGGAAGGAGAGGUGGAUAGCGAAGUGGAGUUUCCAAGGAGACAGAGACCCCAUCGCUGUAUGAGCAGCUUCCAGUCCUACUCCACAUUCAGCUCGGAGAAUCUGUCCGUGUCCGACGGAGAGGAGGGAAACACCAGCGACCAUUCCCACAGCGGCCCACUGGAGAGGCUGAGCGCCAGCCAGGAGGAACACCUGGAUGAGCUGCUGUCGCACACGCCGGACAUCCCCAUCGACAUCUCCACCCAGUCGGACGGCUUGUCUGACAAGGAAUGCGCCGUCCGCAGGGUGAAGACGCAGAUCUCCUUGGGUAAACUGUGCUCGGAUGAACACAGCUAUGAGAAUCCUCUUCAGUUUGGAGAUUCAGACUGUGACUCCUCAGAAGCCGAGUGCUCAGAUGCCACUAUUCGGAACAACAAAGGGGCCCCUUCUUCGUGCGAAACCCACACAAAACUUCGCCCUUUCCACUCAAGUCUCAUCUCAGGAUUGUACAAGGACCGGCAAAAACUGGACUGGACCAAUUACUGUAUAUGGGAAUGUUUGAAUCGUGCAUAUCUGUAAUGUCGCAACCAUUUUUCUUUUUACCGUACAGUAUACUAUUCUCAAAUAGUGUCCUCCACUCGAAUAGACGCCGUGCCUCUAUUAAUUAGUCACUGGGUGCGUCCGCCUGUAGUGUCCACAGGGGUGGCUGUAAUUACAUUUCCUGAAGCCGGUUCCCGGAUUUAGUGCCGCUAAUAAAUAAAUAAUGUGACAUCAUAGCAGCAGGACCACAUGUCAAUCAACAAAGAAUGAACACUAAUAUCUAAUAAUUAGCUUUUUUUUUACAGUAACACAUCAGCAUGGAAUUACAGCCGUACAUCAAAUACAAAUUAAUAACACAAGCUGCAUUAUAGGAAUAGUGAAUUUAAACUGCUAUUAUGAUGGUCGAGUGGUUAGCGCGCAGCUCACAGCUAGGAGACCAGGGUUCGAUUCCACCCUCGGCCAUCUCUUUGUGGAGUUUGCAUGUUCCGGUUUCCUCCCACAUUCCAAAAAAACAUGCUAGGUUAAUUAGCGACUCCAAAUUGUCCAUAGGUAUGAAUGUGAGUGUGAAUGGUUGUUUGUCUAUAUGUGCCCUGUGAUUGGCUGGCGACCAGUCCAGGGUGUACCCUGCCUCUUGCCUGAAGACAGCUGGGAUAGGCUCCAGCAACCCCCACGACCCUCGUGGGGAUAAGCGGUUGAAAAUUAAUGAAUGAGUUGCUGAAUUUGGAUGAGUGGUUAGCGUGCAGGCAACACAGCUAGGAGACCUGAGUUUGAUUCCGCCCUCGGCCAUCUCUGUGUGGAGUUUGCAUGUUCUCCCCGUGCAUGCGUGGGUUUUCUCCGGGUACUCCGGUUUCCUCCCACAUUCCAAAAAAACAUGCUAGGUUAAUUAGCGACUCCAAAUUGUCCAUAGGUAUGAAUGUGAGUGUGAAUGGUUGUUUGUCUAUAUGUGCCCUGUGAUUGAUUGGCUGGCGACCAGUCCGGGAGUGUACCUUCGUGAGGAAAAAGCGGUAGAAAAUGAAUGAAUGAACUGCUAUUAUGAAGCAAUUACACAUUCCAUUUCAUUUUGUUUCAUUUUUAGGUGCAGCAUCUCCCAUGUAACUCUUUCCAGCAGGGUAAUUGUUUGCAAAAGUGAUUAGAGACAUAGAUUGCUUGCUCAGGAUCAAGAAUGUCUAGCAGGCUAGACACACAGCGACUGGUUGUUUGUGGAGCUAAAGAAAUUGCUAAUAUUUUCUUAUUGUAUUUUUUUUUUUUUUUUUUUUUUGAACGCUUCAGGUUGCCGGUUGAGAGCAGUAGCAAUAUAGCAGCCGCUAGAUGGCGACAAAUGCAAUGACAUGUAAAGAUACUGCUCUGCUGCUUUUUGAUGCUCAGCAAUGUUAUACUACUUUAGGCUUGCUGUGUUUAAAAAAAAAAGGGAUACAAGAUUUUUUUUUUAUUUUUAUUUUGGUGACUGGAAAACAAAGCGAUGGAGGACGGUGGCAAUUGAGGAGUAUAAGCCAGACAUAAAUAAGUUGUAUUUUUAAUUUUUAGUAAUAUAAUUUCAGUGUUAUUUUCCUCUGUAUAUAAACAACAGUAAAUAUAAAUCUGACUGAGAAUUUUGUCACCAACGAUCAGCUUAAAUUAGCUGAAAAGAAGCAUUUUCAUGAUGUGUUUUACAUCAGUAUUGAACUUUUCAGGUGCGCAGGCAGCAGAAUUGAACCUAAGAUUUGUACUUGCAUUUUUUUUUUUUUGCUUUAAAGCUUUACAGGUCUCAAUUUGAGCCACCUUCAUCCAUCUUUAUUGUGUUUUAUGUGAAUUAACGUCAUGUGUUGUAAUCUGAUCUGUGAAGUAUGAUUGUUAUUAUGUUUACUUUCAUUAUUUUACUUUACGUAGCUGGCCUACAUUAUUAUUGAAUAAUUUAUUUUGAAUGAAGUAAGUGUUCUUUUUCAUUUUUUGGCAGCUUCUUUUUGGAGUAUUAUUUUAAAAAAGAGCACAACAAACAGAUAUGAGGACAGUAUUAGUUUUAUGUUUAGUGGAUCAAAUCAUUUGAAGUAUUGCUAUGUACUGCACUUAGCAAUAUACAUUGUACUUUUAAUGUAUAUUUUCAACAAAAGCCAAUCAGGGGACACAAACACAGGGUCAAAAAGACCACUCAAUGUAUACAUUUUUGGGUUUUAUUUUUUCCUUUCUGCAAUUGUCUCUGUUAUUUAAUCCAAAAUAUCAAUUUGUGUCUGAAUUUUUGUGAAGCUUUUUCUAACCGUGGACAUCAUGUGGCCUCGUAUACCGAGUAUCCAGUUUCUUUAUUACGCUCCUCUACCUGUUGAAUGGCAUUACGAUCAACCGAGUCCUCUCAUGUUCGAUUCCUGUAUUUUCCACAGUACAGUACAGUACAGUUGAUAAUCUGGGAGAAUAUAAUCCAAGCAAGUCAUGCAUGGAAUAAAUGCUGAUGUACUGUACCCAAUAUACUAGUGGUGGUCUGUUGAUUUUCUUAUGAAUAUCAUAUUUACUCCGCUCAAAUAAAUGCCUCAUACGCACUCCUUUGAUAAAUGUUAAAUAAUAAAUAAUAAUAAUAAUAACAGUUGCCAGACGGUUUGUUGAGCAGAGUGGUUCCUGAAUGCAUCUCUACCACUGCUGACAUGUUGCACAGAAUAGGGUGAAGAUUUGUCUGUUGCCUGUGAUAUUAAUUUUUUCUGACAUAUGACAUAAUAUAUGGUGGAUUGGCUUGAAAUUUCUCACACAGAUCAAUGCUCUCUACAAAACACCCACUGUAAUUUUAGGGUGUUUAGUGAGGCUGUAAAGUGCUUCUGUAAGGUUUGUGGCCUGUUCCAGAGCACAUUGUGUUAUAUCUAUUUGU